GCGGUUGCCCUCGACUGAGUGUGAUGGCGUUGGAAUGCGAAAAUAGCGCGUCUAGUUAAUGGAAGCUUGGCGUUAUACGGCGUUAAACGCGCACUUUUCCAAUCUUCAACAGAAGCUGUUGUCGACAAUGCAACCUGCCAAGGAUAAAAACUCAGGUACUAUGGAACCAAUGGAGGCUGACCUCUACAACAACAAUGUAACCAAUUCAAAUUCUGUUCGUAAAAGAAAAGCAACAGAUGGACAGCAAAGUGAUGUUUUAGUGGAGAAAGGUGCAAAAUUUGACAGGCCCUGUGUAUGGGCAAAUGGCUCUUGUCUGAAAUUAGAUGUGUACACCCAGACAGAUUCUUCAUUUGUGUCAGACAACUACUCAAAAUCUCUGGUAAGAGACGAGUCUUUUGUCAGUGAAAUGGUCCAAGCCAACAGUAAAAGGCUGGAAAAUAUUGAAAAGUUCCUGGAGGCCUUAGACUGUAAAAUUGAAAGUUUUCUGUCUGGCGAAUCAACACGAGAAACACCAAGAAAGAAGGGUCAUGUUCAAGACUCGUUUAGAAAGACGGAGAUGAAAGUACGAGAGCCUCCAAUACCUGAGGGAGACAGUGAUAUGUCUGUGCUCACAGACAGGAGCAGUUCACUUACCACUGCAGUAGGGAACCCCAGGGACACCUUUAUGUCAAGUCCCGCGGACAGCACCAAGUCACCCAGCAUGUGCUUGUCUCCUGGUGUGAGCUCAAAUCAUGCAAGCUCCCCGGUCACAACUCACUCAUUCGUUGCAUGGAAUCAAGGUUACCAUCAAGGCUUCGAUACCAUGGCAAAGCAAAUCCCACAGGAAGGGCGGACACCAAUCGUAAGGCAAGGGGCUGAAUCAGUGGCAAGGCCUGUCAUCAUGGCGACAAAACCGGUACCAGUCUCCAGGGAGACAGAAGCAGAUCAUUCAUUAGGUGACGAGGAAGGGCUGGUGCCAGUCAUAGUGUCACUUGGAGAUAAUCCACCCUCUCAUAGAGACAAAAAAUGUGUGUCAACGGAAGUGCCUCUAAAAGAUAUCAUUAACGGUGCUCCGUGCGCUAUGGAAGGUCUGGAAAACAUAUCGUAUUCUCGCGGCUGUUGGCUUGGAGACAGGAGCAACCCUCAGUCUCGUGUGUGGUACUGUGGCAAUCCCAAGAUUCUAGGACGCGCCGAGGCUUCAGGAUCAAAUCCCGCCAAACUGUCUCUCAAUUUGCUGGAGGCGUUUUUUGUUCGGGACGAGAUGGCUGCGUCAAAUAUCAACGGAGCACGUGGCAGAGAGUUGCUAGAUCCAAUAAAAAUAAAGGGAAUUCAAGCUCACGUAAACUACAAGUUUCCAAUUAGCGCCGAGAAAGAAGAGCUGCGAUGGCAGUUUCUGAAGCCAAGGAUUGAUAGCAAAUGCCGUGCACAGCGCCGUUUACAGCGAGAAGAACAAUUGAAACGUAUGAAUAUGCCCCGUGUGGUUACCGCCGAGCGGACUGCCCGUUCCCGUGUACCCCGGCUUGAUCCCAAGGAAAAAGACCAGUUGCUGUACGGCUACAACAGAAACAUACCGAAUCUCGGGCUCGGUACACCUCGGGCGCAAGUUGCCGCUUUGGAUGAUCAAGGGACUGGAGUGGAUGUUGGUAAUAGCCAAUUGAGUGGUGAGAAUGGUUUCAGCCAGUUACAAGCCAAUGAAGCAAUCGUGGAAAUUUCUGGAAUCCCUGUGACAGUUAAUGAAUUGAACCGAUAAGUGGAGUACAGUCUCAGCUGAAAUUUCUGGGUUUCUCACAUCUGUAGUGAAGUGAACGGACCAAAGGGGGUUUUGUUUUAACCCUAACCCUAA